UUCUCCCGGAAGGACCAAGCCCAUACCGACGUCGUUAAACGUUUUGAGACAUUUCUUGUUAAAAGAAAACAUUUAAAAUUGUAAUUACGUCGCAUUGUAAGCUUAUCGCAUAUGCUAUUACGUUUUAAUAGCUACUAAUUGUAUUGUGAAGGAGUAGUUUGGACGUUUCGUCACUGUGUCCAGCUUCACGACGCAGAUAAAUGCUAGCUUGUUAGCAAUAAAACCGCCAACAUAGAAACCGUUAUUUGACGUGAGUUUGAGCUAUUGACGUGUUUCGCUAUGAGUUUAGCUAGCUAACGACAGUCUGAUGAGAUUGCAUCACUGACUGGGUGAUGUCCGCCCAGCAACCUCUGCAGAAGUCCUGGGUGGGUUCAGCAGCUUGCUAACAGAGCCAGCCUGGCUACUAGCUGAGGCUGAUGACUGGCUGUUUCCUGACAUUGAUUUGCAGGGAGGCACCAUGGCCGGUAAGGUGAAGUGGGUGACAGAUAUUGAGAAAUCAGUGCUCAUCAACAACUUUGAGAAGAGGGAAUGGACUCAUGUCACCGAAAACGACGACUGGAAUUUCUACUGGAUGAGCAUCCAGACCAUCAGAAAUGUGUUCAGCGUGGACACCGGCUACCGCCUGUCAGAUGAACAGAUGGUUAACCACUUCCCCAACCAUUACGAGCUGACAAGGAAGGACCUGAUGAUCAAGAACAUCAAACGCUACCGCAAGGAGCUGGAGAAGGAAAGCAGUCCACUGGCAGAGAAGGACGAGAACGGGAAAUACAUUUAUUUAGAUUUUGUCCCUGUGACGUUCAUGCUCCCCGCCGAUUAUAAUCUCUUUGUGGAGGAGUACCGCAAGAACCCGUCCAGCACUUGGAUCAUGAAGCCCUGCGGGAAGGCUCAGGGCAAAGGCAUCUUCCUCAUCAACAAACUGUCCCAGAUCAAAAAAUGGUCCAGAGACAGCCGCACCUCCACGUUUGUAGCAGCUAAUAGCGGCAAGGAGGCCUACGUUAUCUCCCUGUACAUCGACAAUCCUCUGCUGAUAGGAGGGAAGAAGUUUGACCUGCGUCUCUACGUUCUGGUGACGACAUAUCGGCCUCUAAAAUGCUACAUGUACAAGCUCGGCUUCUGUAGGUUCUGCACAGUCAAGUACACACCCAGCACCAGUGAACUGGACAACAUGUUUGUUCACCUCACUAAUGUGGCCAUCCAAAAACAUGGGGAUGACUACAACCACGUCCAUGGAGGCAAGUGGACGGUCAGUAACCUCCGUUUGUACCUAGAGAGCACAAGAGGGAAAGAAGUGACCAGCCGACUGUUUGACCAGAUCCACUGGAUCGUGGUGCAGUCACUAAAGGCUGUGGCUCCUGUAAUGAACAAUGACAAGCACUGUUUCGAGUGUUACGGGUAUGACAUCAUUAUUGAUGACAAGCUCAAGCCAUGGCUUAUCGAGGUCAAUGCCUCUCCCUCACUGACCUCCAGCACAGCCAACGACCGUAUCCUGAAGUACAACCUCAUCAAUGACACCCUUAACAUCGUCACGCCCAACGGGGACAUCCCAGACUGCCGCUGGAAUCGCAGUCCGCCCCGAGAGGCCCUGGGCAACUAUCAAGUCCUGUACGACGAGGAGCAGGCACAGAGCGAGAAUGCCGAGCGUGACCUGCGGAGCCGCUCGGGUCAGUCCCUGGGGUCAAAGGGCAACAAGGGGAGUGCAGGCGUUCGCCCCGCUGCCGCCACCUGGAAGUGAGGUGACAUUGCUGACUCCUAAUGACUUCCUGUACAUCAUUACAGAGUCCAACAGUGGGGCACAGGGGAUAAAAAAGUUUUUGCUUUCUUAUCCCAGCUAUUCGAGUUCACAGGGGGCGACUACCCUACUGCUGAAGGGGAGGAAAAUCAACAAUGUGGUCAUAUUUGGAAAGUUUAAAGGCCGGAGUUUGUCGCAGUUUGUAUGAAUGAGUAACUUAAAAUGUAGACAUUGUGUUGGUGGGGUCAAUGUCUCAACAGCAGCACCAACAGCAGCUCGCACCCAAACCCAAGAUCCCUGUGAAGAUAAGGAAAAAGUGGAUGAAACCUUUGGAGAGGAAAGUCAAAAAGAAGAUGACAACUACACAAAUGACAAGAAAGUUGUAUGUUAUAUACAUCAAUGGUAUUACAAUCCAACGUGGAAAAAAGGAGGAUUAAAACAACCUGAACUAUGCAUGAUUACAGAGUCCUGACACUUUAACUUGGCCCACCACACAGGUGCUAAAAAGGAAAAUGGAGGGAAAAGAUAUCUAACUAGUACAAAGGGUAUACAAAUAUUAUAUACUGAUAAAUGUGUAUAGGCUCCAAAAAUUCAAUAGUGUUUUUUUUUUAUGUUUAUUAUCAGUAUGCAUAUGCAGGGGUGGUUUCAUUAAGAUUGUAUUCAGUGCACUUUAUGACAUUAUUUUCGCUUGAAUGUUAAAUAGAUAUGUCGCAUUUUGAGUUGGACCACUGAGGUCAUAUCUGCUGCACAUCUAAAAUCUUGAAUACUAAUAUGUUUUGGUACACCUGCUACACCACUGAUGAGUUAGCAUCUACCUUGAUGAUACGCUGAAGUAGGGCUUCUGUAUUUGAGUUGCUUUUUUCACAAUACAUUGUGGUAUUUUUAAACAUCAUGCAGAAAAAAAACAGAUACACGCAGCUUUAGCUUUUAACGCCAUUGGAAAGAAUGCAUCACUUAAGUAAUGUUUGGAGGGAUUUUUAAGAAAGAGGUGUCUCAGUAUGCUGAUGCUGAUUCAACCUUGUUCCGCCCUGCUCUGAUAUAGACUCCAUUUGGAGCUUUGUGAAGUUAAAUAGUUUAUUCUUGAUUUGAAAUAACAAGCUGGAGGAAAGUCCUCUAUUGAUUAUGUAAUGUAAUGGAAUAGGUUUUUUUUGUUGUGUUGCUGUGGUAAGGGGCCCUAUAGCCUUUGAGGAAUCUAAUCUGUCUGGAGUUUAGAUUAAUCAGAGGUCAAUCCUUCAAAAGCCAAAUGACCUUUAUGUUCCUGCUGUUACUUGCAGUAAAGUAAGCCUCUGCAUGGCACUGUUCCUUGACCUUGAAAGUUUGACACUCCCCCACAACCUCUACCUUGUUGUUUCAUCCUGGAGCUGGUUACUACAUGCAGAACAGCAGUUUAUUGUGUAAGCCAUAUAUGUUGGUGUGUGAUCUCUAACCAAACUCCCCCUAACCAUCUGAUCUGUAUUAGUCAUUGUUUGGCUGGAAGACAUGCAUAUCCUGACCAAAUUUACUGAGAGAUUAAUUUAACUCUGAGGUGUGUCCGGCAGUCAAAUAAGUAACUUGGCCGACAUCAUGCUAGGUUCCCAUUACAGGUUGUUAUUAUAAACUGUGCACUUUGUGUUGUGUACAUGACACAAAGUGUUUCUGUUUUUAGCUUUGCAGUCCUGAGGUCUCUCUGUAUGAGAAAUGCAUUGUUUUCUUUUAGUUUGUAUUUACCUUCCAAUAAUAUAUCCAUAUUGGUGCUGCCUUGACAAUAAACAAUGUUCAUUUGAGA